UAUUAUUUGGACGAAAAGAUAUUUUUUUAAUCAAUUUCAGAAGAAUAAUUUUCCUAUUUGUUGUAUCUUAUUCAUUUAGUACAUAGUGUUUUGCCUAUUCUCGAUAACAUAAAAAUACUCAAAAGGAAUUUUUACUUUCUUGAGAAAAUAUUCAUAAGAAGAAAAAAACAAGUUUGAAGUAACAAAGAGAAAUCUAAUCAAAACAAAAAAAAAUGUUUUCCUUGUUCGGAUCGACAACUCCCUUUGAUGCUGAUGUUGAUAAGGCAACUAGCGAAAACAAUACAACGGAACAAUGGGAUGUAAUCAUAGACAUUUGCGAUAAAGCUGGAGCAAAUCCAAAAAAUGCAAAAGAUUGCAUUCGUUCAAUAAUGAAGCGAAUGGGCCACAAUGAUCCACAUGUCGCAAUUCAAGCAAUUACUUUAUUGGAUGCAUGCAUUAAAAAUUGUGGCCGGACAUUUCAUUUAGAAAUAGCGUCGAGAGAUUUCGAAACUGAGUUUCAGCGAUUGAUGGCCAAGGCUAUCCCAUCUGUUGCGCAGAAAAUGAGAAUUUCAUUGAAAAAAUGGGCCGAAAACGAGUUUAAAAUGGAUCCACAACUCAAUUUAAUACCUUCACUAUAUCAAAAAUUGAAGAGUGAAGGUGCUGAUUUCAGUGAUACUACGAUUGAAACACCAAAACCGGUGGUUAGCAAAGAUCCAAAUGUUGUAAGCAGCCAACAAGAAGAGGAUGAUAUUGCCAAAGCAAUUGAACUGUCAUUGAAAGAAAAGAAUGAAGGUGUCAAAACUACAACCGCCGCAUCUGCGUCGUCGUCAUCGUCAUUUCUGUCGCUUUAUCCAAGUAUGAACGAAAGUGCAAAAAGUUCACCAAAACAUCAGCAGAAAAAAGACGGCCGAAAGGUGCGCGCUUUGUAUGAUUUUGAGGCGGCUGAAGACAAUGAAUUAACAUUUUUUUCGGGUGAAAUAAUCUAUGUGUUGGAUGAUUCCGAUUCAAAUUGGUGGACGGGUUAUAAUGACCGUGGCGAAGGUUUAUUUCCAUCGAAUUUUGUUACAGCUGAUUUAAAUGCCGAUUUAGAUACAAAUCGAUAUGACACAAAAACCAAUGAUGUCAAAUCGAACAUUAAAACGGAAGAACAUAAAACAGAAGAAAUACAAAUCGAUGAAAUGAAAAUCGAUCGUUUAUUACACUUGCUGCAUGAAGCUAACCCCGAAGAUCCGUCUCAAGAUCCAGAAGAAAUGUUUAUUUUGGAGGCACAAGUAAAUCAAAUGUUGCCACUCAUUGAUAGUGAAUUGGAGCGUGUCGAUCGGAAUCACGCAAAACUGACACAGCUGAGCACAAGUUUAGUCGAAGCAAUUAAUAUGUAUCAUAUGCUAAUGCGAGAAUCUGAUAUACAAGCCCAAUUUCCACCGCAAUUACUACGACAUCCUGGUCCAAUUUUACCGAAUGGAAUGUACAAUCCUCAAUUCUACUCUCAAAUGGGGGGUCAAUAUCUGAAUCAUUCGGGUUCAAUGCCACACCAGUCAUUGCCUCAGUAUCAACCAAAUCAACCGGAAGGCAAUACACAUCAAUCAUUACAUCAUAUGCAACCCGUAUCUCAACCGUUCGUAAAUCAGUACCAGCCAGCAAAUGAUCACCAUAUUCAACAAGCGCCUGGAAUGAUUUCACAUUUCAAUCAGGUUCCAAAUAUGACAGGUGUACCACCAAACAUCCCACAACAGCCAAACACUCAUUCUAUGAUGCCAAUGCAUUUUCAACAAAGCAUUGCUGUAGACGGAGCACAUUUAAACAACCAACACCCAAUUCCGGUCGUUGAAUCCACACAAUAUCAACCGAAUACUGUAAUGACAACACAAGUGCAACAGCAAGGCAUUCCACUACCUGUCAUGGUCCACCAUUCAUCUCCAAAUCAACAAAUUAAUCCAAACACAAUAAAUCAACCGGUUUCGUCAACUAUUUUACCACAGCAGCCCAACAUUCCUGUUUUUCAGCAACAGCGAUAGAAUAUUGGUUUAGACUUUUGUCAAAAAAAAACACUUGGAAAGUCGAGAUUUUAAAACAAAAUUAUGUUAUUACGAAUAUGAAAAAAAUAGAUAAGAAAUGACACCAUAAA